UAAAGGUGUCACACCAUUUCAGAGUUGUGUUAAAGUAAGCUAGCACACUGCGUGAAAAGUGGAAUAUACAACGCCCACUUUUACAGUCAUUUAAAAUAAUUUCUGACAUGCGUUAGCGUGUAACUUAUUUAUGAGUUAAGCUAGAGCUUCUACGUUUUUCAUGAGUGAGUGUUAGCAAUGGCGCGGAAGUAUUUUAGGACGUUGACACCAGUUGUAAGGGCUACCUAUCACAGUACAACAUUUGGACAGUCGGUAAAAGCGAGUUUCUUGACAGUUAAAUACUACAGCACUGCAACUGGAGGUGAAGACACAGGAACAGCUGCGGGACAGACUGUGGUCACAGAGCGCAGGGGGUCCGUGGUUACCGUGGCGAUACACCGGCCCGAGGUGCGUAAUGCAGUGAACCAGGAGACGGCAAGGCGUCUGCUGGAAGAGCUGGAGGCCUUCGACAGUGACCCAGACUUAAACGUGGCUAUCCUGCACGGGAAAGGAGGGAAUUUCUGUGCUGGUUAUGAUCUGAAAGAGCUGGCCAAUCACCCUGCCUCCCUCAAAUUGGAGCAAGAUGUCACCAAGGGUCCCGGUCCGAUGGUGAGCGCUGUUUGGGCUGCGUUAUUAGUAGCUCUAGAUGUUGGAUAUGCAAGUCCCGUGGAAUGUGAUCUUCUCCUGUCGGACAUGGUACCAACGUCGCGUAGGCCUCCCAAGUCCCCAGGAGUUCCUCUGAUUGACGGAGGCACAGUACGGCUCCCGCGUCUCAUUGGUCUGUCACGAGCCCUCGACCUGAUUCUGACUGGACGACCAAUCGGAGCGCAGGAGGCUCUUGCAUACGGGCUGGCAAACAGAGUGGUUCCUGAUGGCCAAGCUUUACAGGCAGCCCUGCAGUUAGCAGAGCAGAUUAGCUCCUUCCCUCAGCAGUGUCUGCGGGCCGACCGCUCCUCAGCCAUGCACAGCUGCUACGAUGCUCCCUCCUUCACACAGGCCAUGCAGUAUGAGAUUGAGCACGGAAUCCCUGUAAUCCAAUCAGAAGCUGUCACCGGAGCAACCAGAUUCACUACUGGAGCAGGAAAAGGAGGGAAAUUCUUCUAGGAUUUAAUUUGCAGAGGCCUUGUGCAUUUCAGGUGAUCUGACACAUCUUGCUGCAUCCAUGUCGCAGGCCCCAGGCUUUCAGUUUAACAGAAUCUGGUUGAUUUCACGUUAAAAUAAUCCUUACCUCGCCAACCAAAUGAAAAUCUAAUAGAUAUAUUAACCAGUAGUUAUGUUAAAUACAAGAACUAAGGAAGAAAGUUGUAUUUUAAGGUUUAUUAUUGAUUUGGUUUUGUGUGAGAUGCAAUUGUAAGCAAACUUUUUGGAGGAUUAACAUCUUAAAUACAGAAAGAUAAGACACAAAUGUAAUGUGAGUCUAAUGUAUAUUUUAAAGCCAUAAUUUGCAAUUGUUGUAAAGUGCAGCUUCAGUCCACCAGCUACACAUUUCAUGUAUCCGUGUUUUUAAAUGAGGGCCGUUUAAACCCUGAUGGCUGGGAGUUCCAUGUCAAGAACAGACUGGAGCUUUGCCUUUUCAUUUUCUAAAUAGAAAACACUUUGCUAACUCUGUUUUCACCAAAACUGAAACAAAAAUGCCC